GCGGACUUUGCGCAUGCUCGUACGAAGGCGUCUCUAACUCCGCUUCCGGUGGCGCUUCGCUCGCGUUGUUCCCCAGUCGGGAGGCUGCGUUUAGGGUCGCAGAAAGAUUGGGCGUUGGGCAGUUUGAAGCAGGUAUGAGUGAUUUCAGUGAAGAAUUGAUAAGGUCCAAGACAGAGGAUGACCAGGAGGAAUCAUCUGUAUUCUCUGGUACAGGAAUGUCUUUUCCUUGGCUCCAAAAGUAUAUAGGGACUGUGGCAACUGGAGGGAAGAAGGAGAAGGAUUUUGCUCAGACAACAAAUGCUUGUUUGAGUUUUAUCCAAGAAGCGCUGCUGAAGCACCGAUGGCAGAAGGCUGCCGAAUUCAUGCACAGUUACUUCCAGAUCUUGGAAGAUUCGGAUAGCCACAAGAGGCAGGCCGCGCCUGAGAUUAUUUGGAAGCUCGGAAGUGAAAUUCUGUUUUAUCAUCCCAAAAGCAAUGUGGAGACUUUCAAUACCUUUGCUGACAGGAUGAAAAAUAUUGGUGUCAUGAAUUACUUAAAGAUCUCCUUACAACAUGCAUUAUACCUUCUGCAUCAUGGAAUGCUUGAAGAUGCAAACAGAAAUCUCAGUCAUGCAGAGACAUGGAGAUAUGGUGAAAAAUCGUCUUCCCAGGAAGUGUUAAUCAACCUUAUUCAGGCCUAUAAAGGGCUUUUGCAGUAUUAUACUUGGUCUAAAAAGAAGAUGAAAUUGUCUACGCUUGAUGAAGAUGAUUAUGCUUACAACACAGCAUCCCAGAAUAUGCUCAACCACAGCUGGAAGACAUCUGUAAACCUUUGUGCAUUGAUUCAAACUCCUGGAGUUUGGGACCCUUUUGUGAAGAGUUAUGUAGAGAUGUUGGAAUUCUAUGGGGAUCAAGAUGGAGCCCGAGAGGUACUCACCAAUUAUGCCUAUGAUGAAAAGUUCCCAUCAAAUCCAAAUGCUCAUAUCUACUUAUACAACUUUCUAAAGAGAGAGAAGGCACCGAGAGAGAAACUGAUAAGUGUGCUUAAGAUUUUGUAUCAGAUUGUACCAUCUCAUAAACUGAUGUUAGAAUUCCAUAGGUUACUGAGGAAAUCAGAAAAAGAAGACCACCAUAAACUGGGGUUGGAGGUAUUAUUUGGAGUCUUAGAUUUUGCUGGAUGCACUAAAAAUAUAACUGCUUGGAAAUAUUUGGGAAAAUAUCUGAGACAGACAUUAGUGGGGAAUCACCUUGCCUGGGUUCAAGAAGAGUGGAACUCCAGGAAAAACUGGUGGCCAAGCUUUCACUUCAGCUCCUUUUGGGCAAAAAGCAAUUGGAAAGAGGAUAAAGCAUUGGCUUGUGAGAAAGCUUUGGUAGCUGGAAUAUUGUUAGGAAAAGGUUGCAGAUAUUUUCGGUUUAUCUCCAAACAAGAUGAUCAAGUCUUAAGGAAAAAAAUUAAGCGGAUAAAGAAGUCAGUGAAAAAACACAGUAUUGUAAAUCCAGGACUCUGAUAUUGAAUAUCAGUUAUUUCAGAUGAGUAGCUGCAGAAUAGUAGUUCGGUGGGUAAUCAUUGAAUGUAUUAUUUAUUUGGUGUUUCUAGGAGGUAGUUUAUAUGGCUGCAAAAAAGUCAUUCUUUUUUUUUUUUUUUAAGAUUUUAUUUAUUUAUUUGAGAGAGAGAGAAUGAGAGAGAGCCCAUGAGAGGGGGGAGGGUCAGAGGGAGAAGCAGACUCCCUGCCGAGCAGGGAGCCUGGUGCGGGACUCGAUCCCGGGACUCCAGGAUCAUGACCUGAGCCGAAGGCAGUCGCUUAACCAACUGAGCCACCCAGGCGCCCCAAAAAAGUCAUUCUUAUAUUUUUUUAUAUUUUCUUUUAUUAUAAUUAUAGCUAAAGAAACAGUCUCACUGCCUUUGUUCUUUGUAAAUACAUAUUUUUCCUUUUUUGUACUGUGAAAUACAAUAUUUAUUACAGAAUAAUCUCCACAUAAGAAAUACAUUUGUUUAAUCAGAGAAUACAAUUGUAUAGCAGUUAUUGCCAUUUGCAAAUAAUUUGCUUCUGUUGUAUAAUAAAGCAUAACUUGUAGUAUUGUGAAGUGAAUUUAUAUUCUUCUUUAAGAUUCUCAAUGAUCCAUGGUAGGUUUACCAUCAUAAAGAAUAUAUUAGAGGGGCGCCUGGGCGGUUCUGUCGCUUGAGUGUCCAGCUCUUGAUUUUGGCUCAGGUCAUGAUCUCAGGGUCAUGAGAUCAAGCCCCUCAUUGGGCUCCACACUCAGUGGGGGUGUCUGCUUCUCUCCCUCUGCCCCUUCUCCUGCUCCCAUGUGCUUGGAAGCAUGUGCGUGCAUGUUCUCUCUCUCUCUCUCUCUCAAAUAAAUAAAUCCUUAAAAAAAAAAAGAAUAUAUUGGUCAUGAGGUCUGUUGAAGAAUUUUGGAAACAGAGAAGGAUUUAGGAAAGGAAUCCUCUUUCUUUUUUGAUAUUAAGACAUGUCAGUCUGGGGCUAACUGACCUGACAUAGAGCUACCUUUGACUCUAGAAGACUAGUUUGGGUCAGAGAAGGUAGAGGGGUGGCCUAACUCAGAGGGCUCUAGUUUGUUGCUGUUUGCCGGACACAGCAAUCAUCUAAGACAUGCUUCGGAAUUCCUGUGUCCCUCACCUUUCUCUUGGAACCUGGGAUGUGGCAGUUGGCAGCUGGACAGUGGAAGAGAAUCUGCCAGUGAAAUAGUGUCCCAGCGUCACCCAGUCAGCCCAGUGGGAAAGCGUGGUGCAGAAGCCAGGAACAGCUUUCCUGGAGCAGGAGUUGGAACUUCAUAAUAUGUUGUGGUAACUAGUAGAGCAAGUGCUUCUUCCAGACUGGCUCGGCUCUUACACCCUUAUGGUUCAGGUAACUUGUUUUUGAGUUCCAGGAAGACCCACUAACUUUAGAGCACCUCCAGUAUUUAGAUGGCAAACCACACAUUUUCCCCAUGGCUUAUGCUCCUACUAAUUUAAAACCAUCUGCAAGAGGGGCGCCUGGUGGCUCAGUUGGUUAAGCGUCUGCCUUCGGCUCAGCUCGGGUCAUGAUCUCGGGGUCCAGGGAUCCAACCCCUGCAUCAGGCUCCCUGCUCAGGGAGAGUCUCUGCUUCUCCUUCUCCCUCUGCCCCUCCCCCUGUUCCUGCUCUCUCUCUCUCUCUCUGCUCUCUCUUUCUCAAAUAAAUAAAAUCUUUAAAAAAAAAAAAUCUGCAAGAAAAUUGGGGGACAAAUUAUGCUUUGUCAAUAAUUUGAUUCAAUAUUUUAUACUUAGUGAGAUGACUAUCAAAUAACUACUCAUCCUUAUAAUAUACAUAUGAAACAAGUAGGUGCCCCACAGACCAACGUGAACCAAGUUCAAGCUACCACAUGAGUAGGGCCAGUUUUACUUCUGGGAGUUGGUGAGUGGGUUGUGUAGGAAUUCUGCAGAAGAACAACACUAUAGGAAUGAAAUCCCCAGAUGACACAGACAAAAUCUCAAGGCAUAGGCUGGGAUUGUCACGGCAUCUGCUCCUUGAAACCUUUAGUCAAAAGCUGUUCAACAGGAUUGAUGAGUUCUCAUGAUCUCUGGCAAAUGGAGGUGGGAAUGAAAGAGAAAUGAGUAGAUAAUGGUUCUUGGUUUCCACACAAAGCUUAGUUUUCUAGAACUUUUAUAUCAAAUGUUCGUAUCACAUUAGGCAGUAAGAGCAGUGCGAAUCAACUGUGAAAUUAUUUUAGGUCCACUAAAGUCAGUUUCAUGAAUUAUGGCUAAAAUUUAUCAAGCACUUCGGGCUUUACAUUUUAUCUUACUGUCACCAGAAUCCUAAGACUUAUCCCUGUUUUACCUAGAAAAAAAGUGAGGUCUCACAGAUUGACCUGCACAAGGUCAGAGCUGGUAGGUGUUGGCACCAGGACCUUGACCUGACUAGUGUGGUUCUAAAGAUCACACUCUGUCUGUCCUGUCUGUACUGCCUCCCAGUUGAGUCAGUGUUUAUAACCUGCAGAGCACUGAGCUAGGUAGCAAGGUGAAGAACAGAGGGGAUUCAUAACCCAGAGCCUAUCAGCUCCAGCAAAACCUGUCCUCUCUGCCAGGCUACUUGGUAGGUUCCCUCUCUGUGUCCUUCCUGGUCCCUUCCUAUACAGCCUCUUAUCAAAUCACUGCAUUGUUACAUUGUCUUUGCACAUCUGUCUUUCUUGAUGGUAUAUUAUUUGGGCUUAAUAAUCUCCUAUUGUCAGCCCCUAACAAUUUCUAGCUCAUUAAAUACUGAGUAGAACUGAAUGGAAAUUAGUGAGAGUUAUGGAGCUGGUGUGCCUGUACCGUAGGGAGUCCCAUCUUGGGGUGCCUCUCCCAAGUGUGAAGCCUCCGGAGACUGUUCGGCUUGAAUUCUGCGUUUAUCGUUAGGUAGUUCUGUGACUUCUUGGGCAGGUUACUGAGCUUUCAUAGUUCCUUUACCUGUAGAUGAGAGACAGGAGGAUUUAUCUCAUCGGAUUGCUAUGAAAAAUGAAAAAUACAGUGAAUGCCUAGGAUAAUAAUUAAUACUUAGCAUAUCUUAAGUAAGUGACCAUCCAUCAUGAUGGUUUUAGACACUAAAUAACAGGCACUAAAUAAGGAUAAUUUAAAGUCUUGUUUUCUUGGGGCGCCUGGGUAGCUCAGUUUGGUUGAGCAACUGCCUUCGGCUCCGGUCAUGAUCCUGCAGUCCCAGGAUUGAGUAUGGCAUCGGGCUUCCUGCUCAGCAGGGAGUCUGCUUCUCCCUCUGACCCUUCCCCCUCUCCUAAUCUCUCUCUCUCUCAAAUAAAUAAAAUCUUUUUUUUAAAAAAGUCUUGUUUUCUCUUAGAAACCUCUGAAAUACAGAAAUUGUGUAAUAGUUGAGUUAUGCUUCCCACUAAAAUACACCUAUCUUUCAAGCUAUGUACCAUCCAGCCAUCAACCAUGGACUUGAGGGCUUCACACACACUUGAGAUCAUUCAGUCCACACAGUUCCUCCUUGCUCAGCUGCCGCAAUCUCUGAUCUCUGGCUCAUCAGCUUAGUGGGACUCCCAUGCUUUGCUUGGACUGUGGCCCAAUGCACUGCUCACGAGAAGUUGUCCUGAGAUAGAGAGGUUAGACUAUUGUAGAAUUUGCUUUAUGAGUUUCACUUCAGUAAUCCCAGUCUUGUGUUGUCUGUUGCCCACUACUUUGAAAACAGUUGUCUCAUAUAUUUUAUCUAGAUUAAAUAAUGUGUAAACUAACUAAAUUAAAUUAGGGCCUUUUGCCUACCAAAUGAUACCUUUAAGAAAAUUAAAUACAGUCUAUUAAAAGAAGUAUUUGUGGGGCACCUGGCUGGUUCAGUUGGUAGAGCAUGCGACUUUUGAUCUCUGGGUUGUCUUUAAAAAAAAAAAAAGUCUUACUGAGAAAAACAUAAACAUAUACAUUCAACAUAUACAUUAGUCAUUAGAAUGACUAAAAUGUUUAUAUGUAUAUGUAUUUGCAACACAUGAACUGACAAAAGAUUAAAAUAAAUUCAAAUCAAUAAGCAGGACAAAGAACCCAAUAGAAAAAAAUGGGCCAAGCACAUGAACAAGUAUUUCACAGAAGAGGGUAAACAUGGACCAUAAACACAUAAGUCAGGGAAAUGCAAAACAAGAGUGUAGUGGAAUACCAGUUCAGACCCGUUCAAUUAGCAAAAAUUACGAUACUGAGGUUGAAGAGGAUGUGGAUCCACAGGGUCUCUUGCACAUAGCUGAUGGGGUGUAAAAUAUUGCAGUCAUUUUAGGAAACAGUUGCUUUACCAUUUACUAAGACUAUCCUCGAGUGUUUACUUGAGAAAUGCUUGUACACGUAAGCCAAGAGACAAUAGCACAGUUCAUAAUAGCAGAAAAACUAGAAAAACCCCACAAAUGCCAUUGGCAUGAGACUGGAUAAAUUGUGGUAGAGUCAUGUAAAGAAAAAUGAAUAAGCCGUAGCUUUAUACACCAACAUAGGUGGGUCUCAGUAACAUACCGGGUAAAAGAAAUGAGUCCCACUUACUACUCUAUGACUACAUGGAGUUCAAACUUUAUUAUAAAGUGCAAACUAAUGACUAAAAUGUUUGUAAAUGCAUAUAGAUUGUGAUGAAACUACAUAUAAAAACACAAGAGAAGGGUAAACGCAAGUGGUUACCUCUGGAUGGGAGAGGCAGAGUGAUAGGAUGGAGGAAAAGCACAGUAAAGGAUUUGAAUUACUAUUAAUGGUCUAGUUUUUUAAUUAAGUGGCAGGCUCUACAUGGACUAAUGUUGACAGUGUAUUAUGAGCCAAGGAUUGCGAUUUAUCCCAUUUGGUGCACAGGUUAUUUUAAACAAUGAAAAGGACCAUAUAAUAUAAUUUAUAUGAAAUGUCCAGAAUAAGCGAGUCUACAGAAAUGGAAGAAAGUAGAUUAGAGAUUGCCUAGGGCAGGGGAAGGGGCAGUAGAUGGGAAGAUGAGGUGAGAGUGAUAGUCAAAGGGCACAGGGUUUCUUUGGGGUGAUGAAAAUAUCCUCAAUUUGGGGUGAUGGUUGCACAAUUCACUCUGUUGAAUAUACUAAAAAGCAUGUUAAUUGUACACCGUAAACGAGUUUAUUAUAUGGUGUGUGAAUCUUAUCAGUGACACUUAGCAAAAAGAAACAAAACCAAAAAAUCAAGCUUUAUGGAGUCAGAAAGUUCUGGAUUCAACAAAGCACCUCACCGAACUGAGCCUCAGGUUUAUUCUGUAAAAUGGGGCGAUCUGAGAAAUGUUUAGCAUGAGUCUUGAUGUAUUUUUUUCUCAAUAAAUGGUAAUAUUAUGAACCAAAAAAAGGAAAAGAAACUAAAAAAUGAACACAACCAUUCUUUUUUUUUUUAAAGAUUUUAUUUAUUUUAUUUGAGAGAGAGAGAGAGAGCACAAGAGGGGCAAGUGGGAGAGGGAGAGGGAGAAGCAGACUCCCCACUGAGCAGGGAGCCCGAUGUGGGACUCGAUCCCGGGACCCUUCGGCUCAUGAUCUGAGCCGAAGGCAGUCGCUUAACUUCGCUUAACCAACUGAGCCACCCAGGUGCCCUGAACACAACCAUUCUUCAAUGAAAGAGUAAGUGUGGCCUUUUUGGAUCUAGCUAUUUAUCCAUGUUUAUAAGCACAAGGGCUUUUUCUGCUGGAUUGAAAUAUUUCAAAAGGAAAUAGCAGACCCUUGAUGGAUGUGGGCUACAAAUCCUAUGACUAAAAUCUGACUAAGUUAAUUUUUAAAAAAUCUAUUUGGGGUGCCUGGCUGGCUCAGUCGGCAGAGCAUGUGACUCCCUAUCUCAGGAUUGUGAGUUUGAGCCCCAUGUUGGGUGUGGAGUUGACUUAAGAAAAAAAAAAGUUUAAAAAUUAAUUUGUUUGAAACUCUUCCUCCAUCCAAGAUUCAUGCUGCCAAAAGAAACAAUCAGGCACCAAAUAAAAGUCCACUCCUCUUCAGUCCUACAAAGAACCUUCUCCAUGCAGAUAGAGAUGUAGUCUUUAACUCAGUGAAUAGAGGCAGAUCUUGAAUUUCUGUCCUGUCAGCCCCACAAUGGUAGUUGCCAGUUGUCUGCUUAAAUCUCCCAUUAUGCCGAUACCAAGAAUUUACAUAAUCUUGUCAACAUGCCUGGAUCUUCAUUCAGUCAACAUACUCUUCAGUUGGCUGGCUGCAUCUGGCACACAUCUUUUCUAAAUGAAGAUAAACAAGUAAAAGUGAUUGCUGUACUUUCAUGUUUUGAUACAUCAUGAUGGAAUGAACAGGAUCUGGGCCAUAAUCCAGAACAACUAAAUUUAAUUUUUUAAUUUUUAUUUUUUUAAAGAUUUUAUUUAUUUUAGAGAGAGAGAGAGUGAGAGAGCAUGCAAGCAAGGGGAGGAGCAGAGGGAGAGGGACAAGCAGACUCUGUGCUCAGUGUGGAGCCUGAUGUGGGGCUCGAUCCCACGACCUUAGCCGAAGUCAAGAGUCGGAUGUUUAACCGACUGAGCCACCUAGGUGUCCCAGAACACCUAAAUUUUAUUGCCAUUUUUCCCAUUCACCCAAAGCAUCUCCCUAAGCAUUUCAUGGAGCCACUCUGAGACUUAAUUCACUUGUCUAUAUGUUGGGAAUAUAGCUUACCUUGGAGAAUUUUUGUGAAGAUCAAAUGAGAUGAGAAAAUACUUUGUAAACUGUAAUACAAAUGAAGAGUUAUUAAUACAUUCCCUAAUCUCAAACACACCUGUUCAUUUUUAUACGGUGAGAAGGCAGAUAAACUGUGAGAGUAAACCAUAAACUAUACGGGAAGGGACUGAGCUAGAACAUUUCUUUUUCUAUUUUUUCUGUUCUAUUCCAUGACAUGAUGCUAGAAUAAACACCAGACCUGAACCUCUUCAACAUUAUUUUUGAAAGGCACUUGCCACGGGCACCUGGCUGGCUCAGUUGGAAGAGCAUGCAACUCUUGAUCUCAGGGUCGUGAGUUUGAGCCCCACGUUGGGUGUAGAGCUUACUAAAAAAAAAAGGGCCCUUGCUGUAUGAGAGAGAAAGAGUGUGUGUGUGUGUGUGUGUGUGUGUGUCUGCUAUGGGUUGAAUUGUGUAUCCCCAAAAAGAUAUGGUGAAGUCCUAAGCCCCAGUCUUUCAUAAUAGUGACCUUGUUUGGAAAUAGGGUCUUUACAGAGAUAAGUCAAAGUAAGGUCAUUAGGAUGGGCCUAAUCCAAAAUGACCAGUGUCCUCAUAAAAGGGAAAGUUUGGACACAGACAUGCACACGGAGAAGUCCAUGUGAACACAAAGACAGAAGUUGGGGUGAUGUAUCCUCUGGCUGAGGAAUGUACAAGUUUGCCGGUAAACAGAUUCUUCCUGGCCCUGAGAGGAACCAACCCUGCUGACACCUUGACAUCACUCUGUCUUCUAGCCUUCAGAGUGUGAGACACCUGCUGUUUAAGCAGCGUAGUUUGUGAUACUUUGUUACAGCAGCCCUAGCAAACUAAUACAAUAUUUUUAAAAAUGCUCUGUUAGCAAACUAAUAGAAUAUUUUUAAAAAUGCUCUGUUUGCUUCAAAGGUUGGAGCUCAGGUGAUUUCAGAUACCCAGUUGGUCCCAGCUUGUAUUCAAACUUACCUCCUAAGCUCACCUAACAGUCAAACUUGUUUCCUGGUCUUCUCCACCUCUACCUCGUCUGAACACCCUGGUCAACCCUCAUGAGGAUUUUCUUAGCCACCCUAGCCUGAUGCCCUCUCUCCCUCCUGGGGAUUCCUAGUGGCAAGUUUGUUCCUCAUUGAUACCUUAAUAUCAUCUGCCUAGUAUUAUUUGGACUCUUAUUUUAACCUUUCUUCUCAGAGCAUAAA